CCAUGCUGCAGCUCCUGCUCCCCUUGAGCACCCUCUGGGGCCCCAUCCUGCCUGCCCCAUCUCCCACCCAGCCCCACGGCAUCCGCUUGGAAGGGGACCUGACGCUGGGGGGCCUCUUCCCCGUGCACGCCCGGGGCCCCGCGGGGGUCCCCUGCGGUCCCAUCAAGAAGGAGAAGGGCAUCCAUCGCCUGGAGGCCAUGCUCUACGCCCUGGACCGCGUCAACGGGGACCCCACGGUGCUGCCCAACCUCACUCUGGGCGCCCGCAUCCUGGAUACCUGCUCCCGGGACACCUACGCCUUGGAGCAGGCGCUCGGCUUCGUCCGCAGCCUCCUGCCGCCGGCCGAAGGCGAAGGGCGAUGCGCCGACGGGAGCCCUCCCCGCCGGCCCCCCCCCGAGCGCCUCGUGGGGGUCAUCGGCGCCUCGGCAAGCUCCGUCUCCAUCAUGGUGGCCAACGUGCUGAGGCUCUUCAACAUCCCCCAGAUCAGCUACGCCUCCACGGCUCCGGAGCUCAGCGAUCCCGCCCGUUACGGGUUCUUCUCCCGCGUGGUGCCGCCGGACUCGGAGCAGGCGCAGGCCAUGGUGGCCGUGGCGCGGGCCCUGGGCUGGAGCUACGUGGCCACCGUGGCCUCCGAGGGCAGCUACGGGGAGAGCGGAGUGGAGGCCUUCGUGCAGAGCUCCAGGGAGGCCGGCGGGCUCUGCAUCGCUCAAUCCAUCAAGAUCCCGCGGGAGCCGCGGCCGGGCGAGUUCGACAAAGUCAUCGGGAGGCUCAUGGAGACGUCGACGGCGCGCGGCGUCGUCCUGUUCGCCAACGAGGACGACAUCCGCCUCAUGGCGCUAGGGGGCGGUGUGGGGCGCUAUGGGAUGCUAUGGGGCAGCCCCAUGGCGCUAGGGGGCGGCUUCGAUGAGUAUUUCACGUCCCGCUCGCUGGAGAACAACCGCCGCAACCUCUGGUUCCACGAGUUCUGGGAGGAGGAUUUCAACUGCCGCCUGCCCCAUAGCGAGCCCCAUAGCGAGCCCCACGGCGGGCCCGUCCGCAAGUGCACAGGGCGGGAGCGCAUCGGCCGGGACUCGCCCUACGAGCAGGAGGGGAAGGUGCAGUUCGUCAUCGACGCGGUGCUCGCCAUGGCGCGGGCCCUGCACAGCCUCGCGGCCGAGCUCUGCCCCGGGGGGGGGCUCUGCCCCCGCAUGGACCCCCCCGACGGGCGCCGCCUCCUGCAGCACAUCCGGGGGGUGAACUUCAGCGGUGAGGGGGGGGAGGGGGGGGGGUGGGG